AUGUCCUCCGACCGGAAGAAGAGCAGCCACAGAAUGGGCAAAAAAUCUCUCUUCCCCGAAGGGUCGUUAAUCGAGAACCCGCCAGACGUUCUCGAUUUUGGGAUUUCGAACCUCCGAGUUCACUGGGAUUGGGUCGACGGACGCUGGGUCCGACCUGUACAUCAGAGCAAAGUAGCAUUGAUGUUUGAUGUUGGAAAAAAUGUAGAAGUUUCGAUUAAAGAAGAAAAUUAUCUGAAUGCUUGGUUCCCAGCAAUUAUAUGUGAAAUAGUAAGAGAUGGAUCUUUCGUUGUGGAGUUGAGCCAAAAAAUUGGUAAUGAGGCUGAGCAUUUGAAAGUAACUGUUGAUCCCCUUCAUGUCAGACCUUCCCCACCGCAUCUUAAGGAUAAAAAAUAUGUUUUGUUUGAAAAAAUUGAUGCAUUCUUUGAUGGUGGAUGGUGGAGUGGAGUAAUUACAAAGGAGCUUGAAGAUAGUAGGUAUGAUAUCCUCUUCAAACAGCCGCAAAAGAAUAGGGAAUUGCAUCAGUCAAAAAUAAGACCGCACAUGGAAUGGAAAGAUAGUAAAUGGACAGCAUCUUCUCAGGAUGUCUUAAUCCCAUCGUCAGAUUCUGAAAAGAAGGGAGGCCAUACAUGUGCAAAUAUCUCCACAGUGGCUGUUCCAGUAGGGAGCUCAGGCAAUGGAAAAGACUUCACUGAAGAGAAAAUGCCUCGUUCCUUGAACUCAAGGGAGAAUCAGAUGGAGCAAUUAACUCCUUGCGAUCAGAAACUUUCUCAUAUUACGACUUCAAUUACAAAAAGAAGACGUAGUUUACCUUCUGAUUUUCUUGAUGAUCUUUCACUGCCUUUGAAGAAGCUGAAGGAAAGAAAUCUAGAAGCUGCCAUAUCUCUUGCACCUGAACAACAAAACACACUUGUAACUUCAAGUAGAGUGAUGCUUCAUGUCUCUGCAAGUCCAAUUUCAGAAAAUACCAGGAUUAAAUCUGUUAAGCAAUCCAUGCUUGGGGAUCUGUCUUCUAAUAAUCCUUACCAGGGACAGAGAAUUGGAAAACAACAAAAAGUUGAGAAGGAUAAUCCUACAUCUGGUUCUAAGAAGAAAAGAGGAAGAACCCAAGAAAUGCAUGUUAAAAGCCCUGAAUAUGUUGUAGGAGGUUUAGCUACUGGAAAGGGGAGCUCAAGUGACAAAAGGGAUCAUCCGUCAAUUGAUAAGGAAUCUUUGAAGCCUGUGAGUGAACAGCAGCAAUCAAAUGAUUCAGCUAUACAGAGGAUAAAGAAAAGAAGAAAACCCCAAGAACUGCAAGUUAAAAGCCCAGAAUCUGUUGUAGGAGGUUUGACUACUGGAAAGGCAAGCUCAAGUGACGAGAGGGAUUGUCCAUCAAUUGAUAAGGAACCUUUGAAGCCCGUGAGUGAACAGGAGCAGCAAUCAAAUGAUUCAGUGCUAUGGAGGAUAAAGGAAAACCCUACAUCUGGUUCUAUGAAGAAAAGAGGAAGAAACCAAGAACUACAAGUUAAAAGCCCAGAAUCUGUUGGAGGAGGUUUGGCUACUGGAAAGGCGAGCUUAUGUGACAACAGGGAUCGGCCUUCAAUUGAUAAGGAAUCUUUGAAGCCUGUGAGUGAUCAGGAGCAGCUAUCAAAUGAUUCAGCGAUACAGAGUAUAAAGGAGAGUAAACAACCAGAAACUAAAGAAAGCAUUCAAAAGAGAAAGAGGGGAAGGCCACGAAAGAUGCCGAUCAAAAGCCAUCAAACCCAGGUAACAGGCAGUGUGCAAAAUGGAAAUAUUGCGGCAGAUGAAAUUAUCAUAAAAGACUGUUCCUCAAAUGAAGUUGGUUCUCGCACAAGUGCUGAAGUGAAGAUGACUGGAACUGAGGGCUCUUUGUAUGAUCGGGAAAGCACAAUGCAUGACAAGAAUGAUGGUCUUCCAAAGCUGAAAAAUAGGCCUGGCAGUAUAAUGAAAAAGACCCACAGAAAAGCGUCAGAUGCGAAAGCUGUUGAGUGGUCAAUAAAUCCAAUUGAGAAGCAUUCAUCAAAGAGAGGAAGAAGACGGGCCACAGAUGUAAAGAGUGCCUAUCAAGUUCAAGAUUCUCUAGAUGCUCCAGGAAGUAAAACCACGGAAUCAAAUCACAUAAUGAAUGAAUUAAAUGAAGUCAUUGCUGGAGUACCCUCCAGAGAAUUUGAUAAUAAACCUCUUUCAAAAUGGAUUGAGGAAAUACAGACUCCAAAUGCUGUUGAUGGCUCAGGAGUUUCCCUGGCAAGGACUGCAGAGCAAUGUGUUGAAAAAGAAAUUGCUUUGAUUGAUGGCAGUGAGAGGCAGAAAGAGAGUGGUAUGGAAAUCCCUAUCUCUGGAGAUGAAGGCUCAACCAUUCAGAGCGAGCAGCUAAGCUUGCCUUUUUUGAAGAAUGCGAUGCUUUGGAGUGCAAUUGAAUCCAUGGAUAUCUUCCGGAGGAUACCGCAGAAGCCACAUUUCCAACCUCUACAACAUACUAAAGAGAGUUCUCGUGAAGGCUUAGCUAUAGGUCUAAUGGUAACCUUUUCCAGUGUGGUGGAAAAAGCUUCGCGAUUGCAACUUAAUGAUCCUAAAAGCAUCUCCGACGACAUUUUGGAGAACCUUGCAGACUUGGAAAGGUAUGGAUUUGAUGUUCAUGCAGUCCGAGACCGUAUAAAUGGGUUGCUAUCAGUGAAAGAUAGGAAGGAUAAGCUUUUUGGCCAAGUAGAGCAACUUCAAAGUCAAAUUGCUGAGCAAAAUCUUGAGAGAAAUCACACAGAUGAAGAGAUUAACAGGAUCAACGAGCAGAUAAAGAACCUACAAGUAAAGCUUUCGCUUGCUGAAUCAGCUAAAGAAGCAAAGGAUCGCAUAAUUGCCUCUUCCAAGUCUAAACUAGAGGAACUCAAACAAAGCAUCAUGACUGUUGCAUGUGAUUUUGAAGAGUUAGCUGCCACGACUUUGUAA